GUUAUAUAGUUAUAUAGUUAUAUAGUUAUAUAGUUAUAUAGUUAUAUAGUUAUAUAUAUUUACAUAUACAACAUUACAGCUACAUAUUAUGCGAUCAUGUUUGACUUAUUUAGGCCUAGUGGGCCUGGCUUUCGGUCCCGCUUCUGCAUUAGAUGUUACACCUGCGGAUAGUUUAGUAGAUGCUGUCAACGCUAUGCAGCCUGGCGAAACGUUAAAUUUAGCGCCUGGCGCGUAUCCGGUGAACGAACCAAUUAUCGUCGACAAAGCUAUCUUAGUGAAUGGAACAGAUGCGCAGAUUUUUGUACCUGCUACAGAUUCUAUUGUGUUUGUUUUCGCUAACGCAGAAGGAUACUCCUCUGUGCUCGAUGGCCUAACCAUUGUCACCGCCGGUGGUUCUUCAUGCGCAUUCGCCGAGCCGUAUGCACUUCAGGCCAAUUUUACAAUAGAUAUUCUAAGCACUACAGUGUCGAACAACAAGGUGAAUAUUUUCACCGACGUCGGUAUCUGGCACAAUAUGCGAAAGUUGGAGGACGUCAUCUUCGCUGAUUGCAGGUAUUCAGAGGAUCAUCCUGAGAAGAUGUCUGGAGUGGCGUACAAGCUAAUAGGGAAUUGUAGAUCGCAAGUUGAUUUCAGCGUAGCUUUUGACAAACUUGGAGGUGCGGCUGGGUGUGGAACAAAUAUUCAGGAUUUCGCCACCUUCACAUCGUAUCGUGGGCAAGUGGAAGCCCAAUGGCAGGAAUACGUUACUAAGGUAGAUGAUGAGAAGAGUUUGCGCUUACCCGUUACUCGCGAGGGUAACGCCGUCACAAAUCUGUUGAUUCAGAUUGACACUGUACGGAAUGUCGCUGCAACAAUUCAAGCUGCAUAUCCCUUGGCGGAGAUUGAAGCUGCCAUUAAUCUGGUCGACGUUGGAUAUUGGGAUGGUUGGAAUCAAAGUUUGAUUCGAAUCGAGGUGCACUUGCCAGCACCGUACACCGUUAAGGGCAAUCAUGAAGGUGAAGUACAGUACGAGAACUUACUGGUUGGCAAUAUGUCACCGUAUACGGUCAGUGAUGCUUGCAAUCUGCUCACAACGGGAGAUGACUGUAUUCAGCAGAUUAUUUUCACAGUAGAAGCUUGUGAUUUGACUGGUGCGUACCAAUUUUUGCAAGUUCCCAUCGAGUGCGAGGCUGAGACAUCUCCUGGAGUCCCGGCUGAUUGCCCCAUUGUGACCCCAGAGGACGGAUUCGCGGAUAUUCUGUUUUUCAUCGAUACAAACAAUUUCUGUGAGGUGGAAACUAUCGAGCUAGACGCUCUCUUCCAAUUGUUCAUUCUAAUUCACGCUGAUGAUACAUAUACCACCGAACAUAUCAAUGGUGUGUUCAGUCUAGGUGAAAUGACAUACUGGAGUAUCUUGGUCGAUACACGAGCGAGUGGGGUGACGCUUUACAAUGCGGAAGUGACGGAAGUCGUACGAACCACAGACGGCGAUUGCUCUAGUUAUCCUGAUUAUUUGGGUGUGGUGGCAGACCUCGAGCCAGGGGUGUUCACUCAAACCUACAUGCCUGAUUCGCAGGAAAUCCGCAUGCCCAUCGUUGCGGACACCGUGUUCGCAUGCGCUACAUCCGAUCGAAACGGUAACUCGAUCACCAUGAAUUUCACCGUUCUUGUUGAUUACGACGAUGGUGGUGGCGCAAGACGUCGUCGUGGACUUGAUAUCUUCACCAGAGACGCCGGCGAGAUGGCUGUCGAGGAGGAGGCUGGUGUGCAAUAUACCGAGGAAGAUCUUAAGCAGGCUACUAUCAUAGGUGCUGGAACCGCUGCCGGAGCGGUUGCGGCAGACUAUGAGGCUUCCAAGGCCACUCGCAUGUUAGUAUUAGGCGCCUCUGUUGCUUUGUUGUUGGCUAUCUGUGUGUGCGGAUGCUGUUGUGCAUUAGGAUUAGCGAUGAUCAUCCGACAACGGGGUGACAAAAGUCUGGAGCGCGAAAUGAAAUUACAAGAGGACAGUUUCACGCUUGGUGCAUCGGCUGUUUCCUCCACUCCCUCAUCUGCUAACGAUUCUACAAUAUCAUUCUGCAACAGUAGUGCUGUAUCAAACAAGGCGCCCCCACCGAGUUACAGUCAGCAGCUGCAAAUGGGCUUAUUGGGUCAGCCCCAGGUGAUGGGUGUCAGUUUACCUGUAAUUAGACAACCAAAUAUGCCUGUACUUGGGCAACCAAUGAUGCCUGUUCUUGGACAACCAGUCCUGUCGGAUGUCAGCGCAGGGUCGCAAACAGGCUUUUCCAAGUCAGGUGUAUAGGAGACAAUCGGAAAAUUUAGAUGUAUAUAUAUAUAUAUAUAUAUAUGUACACAGUCUUUUUUAUUUGUUCUGCAUUAUUUUUAUUCUGAAGCCGUUCCAUUUCGCGACAACUGGUAUAUCUAGUGCUAACCGUUAAGUUCGAAUCAUUGGGAAGUACCGGACAUUCACAGCACAUUGAUUACAUGAGUAAUGCAAGGACAUAUAUAUUGGUUCGUGGCCGAACAGCAGAUUUACAAUCACAAGCAAACAGCAGGCACGAUAUGCAAACACAUUUUUUAUAACUAAAGUGACGCUUUGAUUAAGAUAUUCUCGAUGUGAAAAUUAUGAGCCUUCAGUUCGGUUCAUAAGCAUACGAGAUCAAUCGAUCAGAUCAUCAUAUUACGUCGACACCGGCAUGGUAUUACACUUAGCAGAAUUUGAUAGAAAAUAGCUAAAACAUAAGUGAAAAACUAAUUCAUAAUAAAAGUAGUAAAUGCUGU